GGGGCGGGAGGGGGGGGGUUACUCCUCCACGGGACCAAACGGGACUUCAUCUCCGCCAGAGAUCAUGGGUGCCCGUUGACACCCAACCUUAGACCCUCCCAAAUUGACCACUCGAGUAGCUUGAUCCCGUGACCGCUGCGAGCAUGGCCGCCCACCGAAUCAGAGCCGCCACCUCCAACAACGCCCCCCUCCCGCGCUGCAAGUCCGAGGGGACGCUCAUCGAUCUCAGUGAAGGAGUGUCAGAAGCCAGCCUCAACGAUGUCAAAGUGCCUUCUCCCAGUGCCUUAAGACUGGACGCCUCCGCCUCCUUCGGUGCUGCCAGGGAAGUGGUCGCCAUUAAGGACUACUGCCCGUCCAGCUUCACCACCCUCAAGUUCUGCAAAGGGGACCGCCUCUACGUUCUGGACUCGACAGGCGGAGAGUGGUGGUACGCCCACAACAACACGGAGAUGGGUUACAUCCCGGCAGCGUACGUGGAGCCUAUCAACUUCAGAGACUCGUCCUUCAGCGACAGCGGGAUGAUUGACACUGUGGGAGACUGUCCCGAAGAGGCGGCCAAGGAAACGGACCUUCUCGGGGAGUGGGCAGGAGUGAUUCUGAAACCAACCAUCUUCCAAAAUGGAAAUCCUUUUGCAACAACCCAUACCUCGACAAACCCUUUCUUAAACAAAGGUCCUCAGAGCUCACUUGAUCAGAACAGUAAUGAGAAAUCAGUUGACCUCCUCCUGUUUGAUUCGCUCGCCACAUCGGUGCACAACUCCACCAGCAGCAACGGCUUCGGCAACGGGGCUUUUAACCCUCUCAGUCCCACUGCGGGCGUGGGGCAGGCGCUGCGCAGGGACAACCCGUUUUUCCGAAGCAAGCGGUCCUACAGUCUGUCCGAGCUGUCCAUUCUGCAGGCUGAGUCCGACGCCCCCGCGGCGUCCUCCAGUUUCUUCGGGGGCCUGAAAGCACCUGCGCCGGAGCAGUUCCAGAGCAGGGAGGACUUCCGGACGGCGUGGCUCAGCCACCGCAAGCUCGCCAGGUCCUGCCACGACCUGGACUCGCUGGGGCAAAACCCGGGGUGGGGUCAAACGCAGCCGGUGGAGACCAACAUCGUCUGUCGGCUGGACAGCUCGGGAGGGGCCGUCCAGCUCCCGGACACCAACAUCAGCGUACACGUACCCGAAGGCCACGUGGCCCCGGGGGACACCCAGCAGAUCUCCAUCAAAGCUCUGCUCGACCCCCCGCUGGAGCUGAACAACGACCGCUGCACCACCGUCAGCCCCGUGGUGGAGAUCAAACUCAGCAACAUGGAGACCAAAACCAACGUCACCCUGGACAUGAAGGUGUCUGUCGUGGUGAAAAUGGAGAGCAGGGAGACGACGGAAGUCUUGUGUGUCCGGAGUGAUUGUAAAGAGGGACCUUACACCCCGAUUCCUCAGGCGUACAUGUAUGGGGACACAGUCCAGGUGUGUUUGGACAACCUGGAACCAUGCAUGUACGUGUGUGUCGUGGCUCAGUCCCGGUCCCUGUCCCCAGACUCCACAGUUUGGGAGCAUGUGGUUAAAAAGAUUACCUUAGGGGUAUACGGUCCAAAACACAUUCACCCGUCCUUCAAGACAGUCGUGGCUAUGUUUGGCCACGACUGCGCCCCAAAGACGUUGUUGGUGAGUGAGGUGGGCAAACAGUCCCAGUCUGCUCCGUCAGUAGUGCUGCAGCUCUGGGGUAAACACCAGUUCGUCCUGUCCAAACCCCAGGACCUGCGCGUUGGAGUCUACUCCAACAUGGCCAACUACGAGGUGAAGGUUAGCGAACAGGCCAGAGUGGUCCGGGGCUUCCAGGUCAAACUGGGCAAAGUCAGCCGGAUUGUCUACAUCAUUGCAUCGCGCAACACGGACGAUGUUUCCGAUUUCACAUUAAGGAUCCAGGUCAAAGACGACCAAGAUUGUAUCCUGGCUCAGUUUUGUGUCCAGACGCCAACCCCGCCCCCGAAAGCAGGCCCAAAGACCUCGGUGCAAAGGCGCUUCCUGAAGAAGAAGGAAGUGGGCAAGAUAGUCUUGUCUCCUCUCGCCAUCGCAACCAAGUACCCGGUUUUUCAGGACCAGAGAAUAAACAACCUGAAGUUUGGAAAAUUAAUCAAAACUGUCAUUCGACAGACGAAAAAUCAGUACUUGCUGGAGUACAAGAAGGGAGACUUUGUAGCCCUGUUGAGUGAGGAGAGGAUCAGGCUGAAGGGUCAGCUGUGGACAAAAGAGUGGUACAUUGGAUAUUACCAGGGCAAGAUGGGAUUUGUCCAUGCAAAGAAUGUGCUGGUGGUUGGCAAAGUCAAGCCCAUUUACUUCAACGGGCCCGACCUUACGACAUCGUUGCUACUGGAGCAGAUACUGAAGCCCUGCAAAUUCCUCACGUACAUCUACGCCUCCGUAAGAACUAUACUGAUGGAGAACAUCGGCAACUGGCGGGCGUUCGCCGACUCUCUGGGAUACGGCAACCUGCCGUUGACCCAUUUCUGCCGCGCAGAGCUGGACAGCGAACCCGAGAGGGUCGCAUCGGUUCUGGAGAGGCUGAAGGAGGACUGCAACAACGCCGAGAGCAAAGAGCGAAAGUCCUUCCAGAAAGAACUCCUGACGGCCUUGUUGAAGAUGGACUGCCAGGGCCUGGUGGCCCGGCUGGUCAUGGACUUCGUCCUCCUGACCACGGCCGUGGAGGUGGCGGGGCGCUGGAGGGAGCUCGCCGAGAGGCUCGUCAAGGUCUCGCGCCAGCAGAUGGACGCUUACGAGGCGCCGCAUCGCGACAAGAGCGGGGUGGUGGACAGCGAGGCCAUGUGGAAGCCGGCGUACGACUUCCUGGUCACGUGGGCCGCUCAGAUCGGCGACAGCUACAGGGACGUGAUCCAGGAGCUGCACCUGGGCCUGGACAAGAUGAAGAACCCCAUCACCAGGCGCUGGAAGCACCUGACCGGCACGCUCAUCCUCGUCAACUGCCUGGACGCCCUGCGGAGCUCCGCCUUCAGCCCCGCCGCUCAGGACGACGACUACGCCAUCUGAGCCCCCCCCCCCCUCGUCCCCCAUCCUGCCCCCCUCACCCCCUCGCGUCACCUCGCUCUCUCCCGGAGCAAAGUUGUUACACACGUUUGAAACGCCGCACAUCAGCUGUCCCGCUCACUCUGAAUGCCGCCGCCGCCGCUGUCGUAUGUUGAUUGCCC